AUGUCUUUCUUCUUCAUAGAUUUAAGACCCAUGAACAGGUUGGCAACACACAUUGUGACUGAGUUUGUUCUCCUGGGAUUUCCUGGUCGCUGGGAGAUACAGAUUCUGCUCUUCUCACUGUUUUUGGUGGUUUAUGCCUUGGCUUUGCUGGGGAAUGGAGCCAUUACCUGUGCAGUGAGAUGGGACCCACGACUACACUCCCCCAUGUACUUUCUGUUGGGAAACUUUGCCUUCCUGGAGAUCUGGUAUGUUUCCUCCACUGUUCCUAACAUGCUAGUCAACAUUCUCUCCAAAACCCAGGCCAUCUCAUUUUCUCGCUGCUUCCUCCAGUUCCAUUUCUUCUUUUCCCUGGGCACAGCUGAAUGUCUCUUCCUGGCAGUAAUUCUGUCAUUUGCCAUCUGCCACCCACUGCACUACCCCACCAUCAUGACUAGGAAGCUCUGUGGAACGCUGGUGUCCCUCUGCUGGCUCAUUGGAUUCCUUGGCUACCCAAUCCCCAUUUUUUUCAUCUCCCAACUCCCCUUCUGUGGACCCAAUAUCAUUGAUCACGUCCUGUGUGACAUGGACCCACUGAUGGCUCUGUCCUGUGCUCCAGCCCAUACUGAAUUUAUUUUCUAUACUCAGAGUUCCUUUGUCGUCUUUUUCACUAUUACGUAGAUUCUUCUCUACACCCUGUUGUUCAGAGCUGUUUUUCAGGCCCCUUCUGCAGCUGGCCGGAGAAAAGACUUUUCCAUCUGUGGUUCUCAUUUAGCUGUGGUGUCUCUUUUCUAUGGGACAGUCAUGGUGAUGUAUGUGAGUCCUACAUAUGGCAUCUCAACUUUGAUGCAGAAAAUUCUCACACUGGUAUAUUCAAUAAUGAUUCCUUUCCUUAAUCCCCUGAUCUACAGUCUUUGUAAUAAGGACAUGAAACUUGCCCUGAGAAAUGUCCUGUUUGGAAUGAGAAUUAGUCAAAAUUCACAAGCCAAAGAUGUGUCAUACUUCCAAGUUCUAAUGAAGAAUAAGGUGGAGAUGUGCCCAUUUUGGACACCUCAGCCAGAAAUCUUCUCCCUCUUUGCUAGCAGGAACAAAAAGCUCCAGGCCACACGCAAUAGUUGGCAAAAUCUAGAAGUUGGCGCUGUUCAAGCUGCCUCGGUGAAACCAAUGCCCUAA